AUGAGGGCCCAACCCGUAACCUUAGAUUAUCUUGCCCAGCUCAUGGAUCCAAGAUUAUGCACACCUAGAGAGUAUGGACUCGACCAACUUUUUCCUCUUCUCCAGGGUAUUGUUGGUUUGGUACGAACAGGAGUUCAGGUGGGCCAAUUCCAUUUGUUCAUUGCUUUGGCAAUACUUGAAAGGCAUCGGGACGUUAUCAUAGACACUCUGAAGCAGUUGGACAAAGUUCCAAAAUACAUCAAUGUGCUUUGUACAACUAUAGAGCUUUCUUCAACCCAGAUCUGCACUGAGGCAUUGUUUUACAAAUUCCAGUAG